AUGGAGGAGCCACGACAGACCAAGCCGACCGGCAUUCCUAGGCUCUCCAAAAUACCUGUUCCUGGCCAAACAACAUCCACAUCCAAGCUUCCUGUACCGCGAUCUAAUUCUAUACGAACAUCGCCCUCGCGGGAAUCCCUGAAACCCAGUACCACCACCGGACAACUACGCAAUCCAAAGCUCAGGACCGCCGCCUCUCGCGAUCAGUUGGCGACGGCAGCCAGCUCACCUGUUCCCGUUCGCUCCGUAUCAUCACCCCAUACCAGGGCAUCGCUUUCACACACGUCUGGAAAUGCUAGGAAUGCCGCGAACAAGGCCAACCCAGGCUUCACCCCCCAGCCCAUGAGGCUGCUGAAACCAGGAGGACAGCCCGCGAACCAGUCCACACGCUCGACCUCAACUUCCCGUGCCCCAAAACGUCAGCCUUCUCAGCAGUGGAUUUCUGCCGCUACGGUCGACAAGCCGCUGAUCGAGGAACCCGAACAUACUGUAACUGUGGAAUAUGUUGGAGAUGAUGUUGAGUUGGAGUCUCCCCCCGAUUCAGCAAAGCUACGACCUUCGCUUUCCGAGAGAACCAUGGAAACCUUGUCUCGUCUACCCUCCUCGCCCUCGGUCAAAGGAAAAGCUGCGGCAUCCUUCUUCGAUGUCACUGGUAACGGCAGACAGUCGCCGUCACGACCUGGGAGUCGGUCCUCUCGGCCCGGAUCGAGUCACCAGUCUGAGGGCUCAAGUGGUCAUUCACGCGGCAGCAGACCAGGCUCUCGCGUGGGCCUGGAUUCUCCGGUAACAUCAACCUUCGGAUCACGAAUUGCCACCUAUCAGACGACCGUCUCCACUGUUGAGAACAUACCCCUACGUGGCAGGAGAAGCAUUCAAUCAUUCCAGCUACACUCUGUCAAGACACCAUCAAAGGGUGUCCGGACUUCGGUUUAUGAGAUCAAGUCCCCAUCCACCAUUUCCUUCCCUCGCACUCGCACGCCCAGCCCUGAGAAGCAGGCCCCGGAUGUUGCCGUAUCACGGUUUGGCGCAAAGACCGUGGCUACCGGUUUGAGGAAACGGCAAUCAGUGAAUGGGCUGAUGAAGAAACCGUCCACACCUGCACUCCGCAAACAGCCGCCAACUGAGACAACUAGAAAAGCCUCUUCAGCAUCGCAAAUGUCUUCGGCCACUUCAAACGAGGGGACGCACCUGUCUGGCGGCUCGGUUGUAUCAGGAAGCACUGCACUCACAGCAGAUUCCGGAGAUUCCACCCCCGGACAAGCAUACCGCAAAGCUUCGUCCGCUCUGCGUGAGCAAAUCGCCAAGGCAAAGGCGGCGAAGCGAGCUGCUGCUUCACAGCAAGCAUUUUCUGAGCUUGGAAGUAGUCUACCUGAGGAGCCUCCUCUGGUGCCGACUGACAACAGCUUUGACUUUGGCUUACACCAUGACCCCUUCAAUCAGCACCGUGAUGAUAAAUCGCAGGAAAAGGUGCUGCGAAGCCGGCUGGAGACAGCGAGGACCAGUGGUCGGCUCAACAUUGCCGCCAUGGGUCUUCGAGAAAUCCCAGCUGACGUUCUCAACAUGUACAAUCUUGAGUUGGUUGGACAAUCUGGCGGUGCCUGGGCCGAGAGUGUUGAUCUCACCAGGUUUGUUGCUGCUGACAACGAGCUGGAGAUGAUUGCCGAAUCUGUGUUCCCAGAUAUCGACCCCCAGGAAUUUGCGGAUGAUGAGGAUAGCCAAGGAAAUAUCUUUUUGGGACUGGAGACAUUGGACUUGCAUGGAAAUAUGCUCAUUUCCUUGCCGAUGGGGUUGAGACGCCUAUCGUUGCUCACUUCGCUCAAUCUGUCUGUCAACCGACUGGCGAACAACUCGCUCGAGGUUAUAUCUCAGAUCACCUCUCUGCGCGACCUGAAACUCGGUGGCAACCUUUUGUACGGGCCACUUGAACCUUGCUUUUCCGACUUGAAGAACCUUGAAAUUUUGGAUCUUCAUGGCAACAACAUUGCAUCAUUGCCUACCAACUUUGGCAACCUUUCUCGUCUUAGGAUUCUCAACAUUGGCGAGAACGGGUUCGAGACUCUGCCUUUCGAGACGCUUGCGGCCUUGCCCCUGACAGAGCUAAUUGCACGCAAGAACCAGCUGCGCGGCACACUCGUGGAAGAGCCGGUGCAAUCGCUUCCAACCCUUCAGAUAUUGGAUGUUUCUUCCAACCAACUGGCGCAUAUUUGCUCGACGGGUCGCUCGAUUGCCAUGCCUGCUUUACACCAGCUGUGUGUUUCGAUGAAUCGCCUACAGUCGCUUCCCGACAUUGGGAACUGGGCCGCUUUGCAUACCAUUGCGGCUGAUGAGAACAGCAUCAAUGCUAUCCCUGAAGGAUUCACCAAGCUGUCUCAGCUUCGCUCUGUUGACUUUUCUAGCAAUGACAUUCGGGUCAUCCCUGCCGAGAUUGGCCAGAUGGAGAGUCUUGCCAUGCUUCGGCUGAGUGGUAACCCUUUGCGAGAGAAGAAGUUCAGUACCAUGAGCACCGAGGAGAUGAAGGAGAUACUUGCUCAGAGACUCGAGCCGCCCACAGAUUUUGAGACGCAGCCCGAACCUCAGCUUGAACCACAGCCAGAACCCCACGUCGAAGCUCAACCUGAACCCCCAGCCGAGGCUCAACCUGAACUUCAGCCUGAACCUCAAAUCGAACCUCAACCUGAACUCCAAGCCGCACCUCGGGUUGAACCCCAAGCCCAGCCAGCUCAAACUGAUGGUGCGGAAGAGACGCCAGUCCCGCAGGUGACGGGCCCUGUUGCCUCCCACGACGACGCUGACGACAGUCGCUCCGAUAUGGACGAUUUUGCGACCCCGCCAACGUCCGCGCCGGCGUCCCCUGCUCGAUCACGAUCUCAAACCAUCACCGGACAAAUGUGGCCCGUUAAGCCCGGCGGCGUUUUGGACCGGUCCAACACCGAGUCAUCCUCUCUGCAUCCCCUCAUCAGCUCCAAGGUUGCGGCCAGCAACCAAGUCAAGGAAAUCCAGCUCCACCACAACCUGUUUACCUGCCUCCCGGAAUCCCUGACCUUUUUCGCCGAGACGAUGACUGCGCUGUCGCUGGCUCACAACCAGCUGGUCCGGGAAUCCUACCUGGGCGGCGCCAGCGGCAACGAAAAGAUUGAGCUCCCAGCUCUGAAGGAACUCAACCUCUCGCACAACCACAUUACCGGUUUGGGCCCACUGGUCGCCCAUCUGAUGGCGCCGAAUCUGGAAAAGAUCGAUGUGAGCUUCAACCGGAUCUCGUGUCUGCCGCCGGGGACGACGCUGAGGAAUGCGUUUCCCGAGUUGGUGGUACUGCACAUUUCGAAUAAUCACCUGGUGGAGCUGGAGCCGGAGUCGAUUAGGGGGAUGAGGGUUGUGGAUGCUAGUAAUAAUGAUAUUGCGCAUUUGAAUCCGAGGAUUGGGUUGCUGGGGGGUGUGCUGGAGAGGUUGGAGGUGAGCGGGAAUCGGUUUAGAGUGCCGAAGUGGAGUGUGCUGGAGAGGGGGACGGAGGCUACGCUGCGGUGGUUGAGGGGGCGGGUGCCGGUUGCGGAGAGGGGGGAGGCGGCUAGGGGGGAGGUGGCGGGGGAGGAGGUUGAUUGA